ACAACUCUCCGUGACCAGCUGCACAAGCUUGUAACUCACCGAAGGGCUGCAUGGCGUGAGCAGAUGGCUCCAGGAUCCAGCAGAUUACUGAGAAAAGGAGUCUGCAAGCACUCAGCCCUGCACACAGCUGCUGUCUGCCAAGAGCCAGUUUCAUUGUCCCAUCCUGUGCUAGGUUAGCAUGGAAGUGACAGCUUACUGUCCAGAGCCUGCAAGUAUGCCCUGGAUACCUGGAAACCUGCUGGGAUGGGAGCAGAGCCAGGCUGAGCCUCAGAAUGCAGAAACAGCACUAAGACCCCUGGUGAAGAGCCCAGAGGGAGAAAAGGAGCGUGGCUGCACCCCAGCUUUGCAGAGGAGAGUUUCAAGCAACCACCCACGGGCUGGUCUCAGUUUGAAUUAAAGCAAGUGCCAGCAAAGUGCCUCCUCCUCCCACUGAAGAACUGCUCUUGCUGCUCCAGCAGGCAGCUGUGCCCUGGGGAAGCAAGGUGGGAUCCUGCCUCUGGGUGAGCAACAUAGUCCCAGGGAUGGAGGGAUGUGUGUACAGCUGGGAGCAGCAGGAGCACAGCACAGCCCCACAGGGAUAGGUGUGAAGGAGGACACAGCGGGAUCUCCCCUAGACCUCAGAGGAGCGUGGGAUCUCACUGGGAAGAGGAGAGCUCCCUUUCCUUCCCUGCCAGCCAGAUCUGCCUGCUGCCCAGUCACCUACUGCAUUUCCAGAGCUCUGUGCCAGGAUUUGGGGAGGUGCAUUAGUGCCAUAGGCUCACUGGAGACCCUGACAAGGAUGGGAGACCCGCCGCAGAGGAGAGACGUCCCUUGAGGAGGCCCUGCAGCUCUGUGACCCCUGGCUGUUGCCAGCAGAGGCUGCCUGGGGCUGGUGGCAGAGCCGCGGUGCUUGCAGGGCACAGCCUGCGAAGGGCGAGGAGCCAGGGACAGGGUCUGCAGGGGUGGCCCAGAGCCACUGCUCCUCCGGGGACCUCUUCCUGGGGCUGUGGGACAGAGCAGCCCUCGGUCCCCGGGCUGGCUGUAGAUGUGUCCCCGUUUUCCCCCGGCAGGACCGCUCCCUUAGCGCCAGCACGGAGCGAGGGCCGCUCGUCUCACCAUGGUGCUGCCGCCGCCUGACAAGCGCCACGUCUGCCUGACCACCAUCGUCAUCAUGACCAGCAUGGCCUUCAUGGACGCCUACCUGGUGGAGCAGAACCAAGGGCCCCGCAAGAUCGGCGUCUGCAUCAUUGUGCUGGUGGGGGACAUCUGCUUCCUCAUCGUGCUGCGUUACGUGGCGGUGUGGGUGGGGGCCGAGGUGAAGACGGCCAAGCGGGGCUACGCCAUGAUCCUGUGGUUCCUCUACAUCUUCGUGCUGGAGAUCAAGCUCUAUUUCAUCUUUCAGAAUUACAAAGCGGACAAGAAGAACCUGGAGACGGUGGCCAGGAAAGCCCUGACCCUGCUCCUCUCCAUCUGCGUGCCGGGGCUCUACCUGGUGCUGGUGGCCUUGGACAGCAUGGAGUACAUACGGACCUUUCGGAAGAAAGAGGACUUGAGGGGACGCCUCUUCUGGGUGGCCCUUGACCUGCUGGAUAUCCUGGACAUCCAGGCCAACCUGUGGGAGCCGCACAGGACCGGCCUGCCCAUCUGGGCAGAGGGGCUCAUGUUCUUCUACUGCUACAUACUCCUCCUGAUCCUGCCUUGCGUGUCCCUCAGCGAGAUCAGCAUGCAAGGGGAGCACAUUGCCCCGCAAAAAAUGAUGCUCUACCCCGUCCUCAGCCUGGUCACCAUUAACAUCGUCACCAUCUUCAUCCGGGCCGUCAACAUGGUAUUGUUCCAGGACAGCAGGGUCUCCACCAUCUUUAUCGGCAAGAACAUUAUCGCUAUCGCCACCAAGGCCUGCACCUUCCUCGAGUACAAGCGGCAGGUGAAGGAAUUCCCCCAGAACGCCAUCGCCCUGGAGCUCCAGCAGAACUCCCUCUCCCACAACCAGACCAUCCACAGCGCACAAGGCAUCCCCCACGAGCCGUCUCCCACCAGCGAGAUCCUGGACACCUGAGGGGUGAGCCCCGGGCGAGCGUCGGUCCCGAUGGCCCCGUGCCGAGCGGAGGAGGGGUGCUGCUCUCUGGCUGCAUCAGAUCCUGGCGCCGAGGGCUCUUCUAGGCACAAAACACCAAGCACGUUUGUGUUGAGCUAUGGAGUGUCCCCUAGACGUCUUCAUCUCAGGUAUAACCCUAGGAGUCCUCCAGACAAACCAAAUGAACUUGAGCAACGGACCUGAACCAGCUACUCCUCUCCUUCCCGCCACCUUCUCCUCUCCCGAGCAAAGACCGCUAAGGUUGCAAUGUCCCUUUUUAUUCCUCGAGCACCUCACCUUUACUCCAAGCCUGGAAUGGAGAUUUUGUUACUGGAGACCUUUCUUUUUAUGGAG